AUGGAGCUCAAUUCUUCUUCAUGGAGCAACCUUCUGAAGCAACCAUCGCCGCCGCCGCCGUCCGCUUCCUCCUCCGUCUCGUCCGCCAAUAUCUCCCCUAGUACGGUGAACCAUGGAGUGACUGUUGGAAGCUGCAAGUCGACCAAGGGUAUUGCGGUGGCAGUGGUUGACGCCAACGCCAUAAUACACGGCGGCCAAUCUCUAGCUCAUGUCGCCGACCGUUUUGUCUCGGUUUCGGAAGUGCUCAGAGAAAUUCGUGACCCCAACUCCCGCCACUCCCUCAAUUUCUUGCCCUUCUCUGUUGACACCCUGGAACCGUCCCCUGAUUCUCUCAAGAAAGUGAUAAGCUUUGCAAGAGCAACUGGUGAUCUACAGACUUUGUCAGAUGUGGAUCUUAAGCUCAUUGCUUUAACAUAUACAUUGGAAGCUCAGACCCAUGGAACUCAACACCUUAGGGAUAGUCCCCCUCCUAUGCACACAGUUAAUGUUAAAAGGCUUCCUGAGAAAGACUUGCCUGGAUGGGGUUCUAAUGUUCCUAAUAUAGAGGAGUGGGAAGCAUUGGAGAAUGCGGAUGAGGAUGAGUUAAACUCCAAGUCGAAAAUUCUUCCCCUGAAAGAUUUGAACUUGAAUGUGAUUUCUAAUGGGCAUCCUGGUUCAGAUAAUGAUUUGAUUGGAAAUGGUGUUGAAUGUCAAUCUGAGAAUCAAGGGGAUGCAAGUAAUGCUCCUAGGAAUCAUAAGAAAUAUGGAACUAAGAAAGUUGAGGUAAAGAUUGAAGGGAAGAAGAUGGUGGCAGAUGGAAUUGAUGCAACAAAGGGAGAAGUUGACGCUGAUGCAGGGGAUUGGCAGCCUGCUGUGGGCCGUAGUACUCGGAGGAGAUACCUGAGAAGAAAAGCUAGGCGUGAAAUGCAGGAGGCAUUGUCCGGAAAUGUUGACAACAAUGAUGAAUCUGAUGGAUCAGAAAACGGAAAAAAUGAAGAUACUGAAUGCCCUGAGUUACUUGUGGAGGAAGGUUCUGAGAAGUUUCCUGAGGAGAAGUCAGAGAUGCAUGCAACUGAUCAAAUGGAGAAUACCAAUCAUGAAGAUGUGAACACACUUCUUCACCAAAUGCGCCUUGAAGAAGAAUCUCGUGAGGCCCUUCAUGACAGCGAAGAUGUGAAAUCUUCAUUUGUGGAGGCCAAUUCUAGUCAUUUUGAAGCUACUUGUGAUCAGGAAGAAGAAACAGGGGUCAAUAAUGGUCUGGAUGACUUGGACACGCCCUCCCUGAACAGUGAAAGUUUUGAUGCAUCACAUUUGGAUGAUAAUAGUAGUGAGCAGAGCUGGACAGUCCGGUCUUUGUCUGAGUCAAGUGUGGCCUGUGUGACUAGUGACUAUGCAAUGCAAAAUGUGCUUCUUCAGAUGGGCUUACGGCUCCUUGCACCUGGAGGAAUGCAGAUCCGGGAGCUACACAGGUGGAUACUAAAAUGCCACGCCUGCUACAAGGUGACCACAGAUAUUGGUAGAGUUUUCUGCCCUAGCUGUGGGAAUGGAGGAACUUUGCGCAAAGUUGCUGCUACAGUUGGGGAAAAUGGUAUUGUUCUGGCUGCACGACGACCUCGUAUCUCAGUGCGUGGAACAAAAUUCUCCCUCCCUUUACCUCAAGGUGGAAGAGAUGCCAUCACCAAGAACCCAAUUUUACGGGAAGAUCAGCUUCCACAAAAAUAUAUGUAUCCCAAAACUAGGAAACAGAAUAAGCAGGAAGAUGAUAUCUUUAUGCCGGACAACAUAUUUAUCCACCAUACGGAUAAGAAAGCUCCCCUUCAACCUCCUGUUAGGAAAGCACUUGCAGUUUUUAGCGGAAAAAGAAACCCCAAUGAUAAUCAUUACUCUCGAGCAAAGCAUUGA